AUGGCUGCCGCAGUGGCGCUGUCAUUUUGGUACCGAGCCCAGCGAGGCGCUUAGUGCGGCCCGAGCCAGGCCAGAGGCGCUUCCUCCAGGCCUUCUUCGUGCUCAGCUAGUUCCCCGGCCGGUCCCCGGGGAUCCCGGCACCUCUCCGCCGCCCGUCCACUCAGCCGGGAGUCAUGUCCUGGGCCGCCCGCCCGCCAUUCCUCCCCCAGCGGCAUGCCGCAGGGCAGUGUGGGCCAGUGGGGGUGCGAAAAGAGAUGCAUUGUGGGGUCGCGUCCCGGUGGCGGCGGCGGCGGCUCUGGCUGGAUCCCGCGGCGGCGGCGGCGGCGGCGGCGGCCGGAGGACAACAAACCCCGGAGCCGGAGCCGGGAGAGGCUGGACGGGACGGGAUGGGCGACAGCGGGCGGGAUUCCAGAAGCCCGGACAGCUCCUCUCCAAACCCCCAUUCCCAGGGGGUCCCUCCCUCUUCCCCUUCUGGACCUCCCCUACCCCCUUCAGCCUCAUCCCUUGGAGGCUCUGGGGCCCCACCCCCACCUCCAAUGCCACCCCCUCCGCUGGGUUCCCCCUUCCCGGUCAUCAGUUCUUCCAUGGGGUCGCCUGGCCUGCCCCCUCCAGCUCCCCCAGGAUUCUCCGGGCCUGUCAGCAGCCCCCAGAUUAACUCAACAGUGUCGCUCCCUGGGGCUGGGGCUGGCACCCCUGAAGAUGUGAAGCCACCAGUCUUAGGGGUCCGGGGCCUGCACUGUCCACCCCCUCCAGGUGGCCCUGGGGCUGGCAAACGGCUGUGUGCCAUCUGCGGGGACCGAAGCUCAGGUAAACACUAUGGGGUUUACAGCUGCGAGGGCUGCAAGGGCUUCUUCAAGCGCACCAUCCGCAAGGACUUAACUUAUUCAUGCCGGGACAACAAAGACUGUACGGUGGACAAGCGCCAGCGGAACCGCUGUCAGUACUGCCGCUACCAGAAGUGCCUGGCUACUGGCAUGAAGAGGGAGGCGGUACAGGAGGAGCGGCAGCGAGGGAAGGACAAGGACGGGGAUGGGGAGGGUGCUGGAGGAGCCCCCGAGGAGAUGCCCGUGGACAGGAUCCUGGAAGCAGAGCUUGCUGUGGAGCAGAAGAGUGACCAGGGUGUUGAGGGUCCCGGGGGAACCGGGGGUAGCGGCAGCAGUCCAAAUGACCCUGUGACUAACAUCUGUCAGGCAGCUGACAAACAGCUGUUCACCCUUGUUGAGUGGGCAAAGAGGAUUCCCCACUUUUCUUCGUUGCCUCUGGAUGACCAGGUCAUAUUGCUUCGGGCAGGCUGGAAUGAGCUCCUCAUUGCCUCCUUUUCCCACCGGUCCAUUGAUGUCCGGGAUGGCAUCCUUCUUGCUACGGGUCUCCAUGUACAUCGAAACUCAGCCCAUUCCGCAGGCGUGGGAGCCAUCUUCGACCGGUCCCUCUCCAGGGUGCUGACAGAGCUAGUGUCCAAAAUGCGUGACAUGAGGAUGGACAAGACAGAGCUUGGCUGCCUGCGGGCAAUCAUUCUGUUUAACCCAGCGAGGUGGAGAUCUUGCGGGAGAAAGUGUACGCGUCGCUGGAGACCUACUGCAAACAGAAGUACCCUGAGCAGCAGGGACGGUUUGCUAAGCUGCUGCUGCGUCUUCCUGCUCUCCGGUCUAUUGGCCUUAAGUGUCUCGAGCACCUGUUCUUCUUCAAGCUCAUUGGUGACACCCCCAUCGACACUUUCCUCAUGGAGAUGCUUGAGGCACCCCACCAGCUGGCCUGAGCACCCCCUCACAACGGAGGGGCACCUUCCAGGAGGACUCCCUGGGGCAGAGGGGAGGGGCCACGUUCCCAGACCCAGCCUCAAGCAAGCAGAUUGGCACACAGGAUCCUCAGCCCAAGUCAGAGGGGACUGAAGAUCCCUGUGACAUCUUUUUGGGGUCUUGAGUCUCGGGAUUUUUGCGGUCUCCCAUGGUUUGGGGUGAAUAUCACCCCUCCUUUCUCCAGCACAUAGCACUGGCUGUGCUCUGAGGACCCUGCUUCCUUUUCACUUGGCCUCAAUUCCAUCUGAGAGCCAAGAUGGGGAACUCUCCAGGGGAUGGGAGUUGGGGGCAGGCCCCCCAAACUGAUGGAUGUGGACGUAGGGCCCUAGAGGCCGUCUGGCUUCCAGCCCCAGCAGGUAGGGGCUCUGGGAGGGGAGGAGCUGUGGUGGAGACCUGUCUGGACUGCGUGAUGGUGCCUCACCUGCAGUCUGACAGAAGCAGGGGUGCUGGUGGUGCGGGGCCCUGCGAUGCAGGAACCUGUGUAUUUUUAAUUCACUCUGAGGGUGGGACUCGUGGUUAGACUCAAAGAAGUACUGUACUUUCCCAGCCCAGCUGAGAUGCCUGUGCUGGCCUGGGGCUUGGGCAUGGUGGCUGAGGUCAGCCUGGGCCCCAGGCCCAGCUUUCCUCACACUCCUGUGUGGGCUGGGAAGGCCCCCGGAUCGCAGCAGGUCAGUGGGCAGCGGAGGUCCUGGUCCUUAGCGCUGCUCCAGCCCAUGGCUGCAGGGACCCCAGCCUGCAGAGCCUGAGGUGCAUGAGGUUUGCCCUGCAUCUGUUCUUGGGGUCCUUUCUCCCUUCCUCACACAUAAAAUCGCUUUCAA